AUGAUGAUGACAAUGUUUACAGGUCGCAUACUUUAUGAUAUCCCGUGCAAAGUAUGCCAAGAUCAUUCAUCGGGUAAACACUAUGGUAUAUUUGCUUGCGAUGGAUGUGCCGGAUUUUUUAAAAGGUCCAUUAGAAGGAGCAGGCAAUACCUUUGCAAAGCCAAAUCGGAGGGAAGUUGCACCGUCGAUAAAACGCACAGGAAUCAAUGUAGAGCAUGCAGGUUGAAAAAGUGUGUGGAAGCGGGAAUGAAUAAAGAUGCUGUUCAACACGAAAGAGGACCCAGGAAUUCGACCCUACGUCGUCAAAUGGCUUUUUAUUUUAAAGAGCCUUGCGACACAACAUCUGACAUCGGAUGCGGGCCCUCUGUUAGUCCUAUUCUACAGCAUUCUCAAACUCACGUACUUGACUUGGCUUUACCGAAAAUUCCCACGAGCGUGUCACCGCGAUCGGAAUCAAACGGAUCACCACUUAUGCAACCAACGAUGGCUGCUGCCUUUUUAUUCGGACAAACACUUAUUCCUAAGUUGACGCCAAAUUUUACCCUAACAAACGCCAUACCUUUGGGUUCCGUUGAGGCCUUAUGUGAAUCGGCAGCGAGAUUAUUGUUCAUGAAUGUCACGUGGGCAAAAAAUGUACCCGCGUUCACUAGGCUUAAUUAUAAAGAUCAGCUUCUUUUACUCGAAGAAAGUUGGCGUGAAUUAUUUGUAUUAAGUGCAUCGCAAUUUAUGUUACCAUUAGAAUUGGUAGAUCUUUUAACGGCUCACACGACGGUUACUGCCAAUUCGGAAAAAGCUUUGACGAUAGCACAGGAAGUCAAACAAUUUCAAGAAACUUUAAUAAAAUUCAAACAACUUCACGUGGAUAUACACGAAUACGCGUGUUUAAGAGCAAUCGUCCUAUUCAAAACUUCUUUUGAUCCGAGUAAUAACACCGUCACGUCGAGUACGGCACCGUCGUCAAGUGGAGAAGGGAAAACUCUUCACGAUUUGGCAGAAGUGGCAGCCGUUCAAGAUCACACGCAACUCACCCUUAACAAAUACAUAUCUGCGGCACAUCCGACGCAACCUUUUCGAUUCGGAAAAUUAUUAUUACUUUUACCAAGUCUUAGAUCUGUAUCGAAUAAUACCAUAGAAGAACUUUUUUUUAGGCGAACGAUCGGUAACAUUCCCAUCGAAAGGAUAAUAUGUGAUAUGUACAAAGCGAGCGACUGA